CUCACUCCCUCGCACCCCGUCCGAGUAAACUUAUCCAGCAAUCAUGGUCCAGACUGUCCCCACGUUCAAGCUUUCGACUGGCGCAGAGUUCCCGCUCCUCGGCUUCGGCACCUGGCAGGCGCCCGACGAGGAGGUCAAGAAGGCCGUCGCUGUCGCUCUCAAGGCCGGCUACCGCCACCUCGACCUCGCCAAGGUGUACCAGAACCAGAAGGCCAUCGCUCCCGCCAUCGCCGACUCGGGCGUUCCGCGCAGCGAGAUCUUCAUUACCAGCAAGCUUUGGUGCAGUCAGCACAACCCGAGCCUCGUUGAGGCGGCGCUUGACGACACGCUCAAGGAGCUCGGCCUCGAGUACCUCGACCUGUACCUCAUCCACUGGCCCGUCGCGUUCGCGGCCGAGGGCAACCCGCACGACAACCUGUUCCCCAAGGAGAACGGCGAGGUCAAGAUCGACACGUCCGUCUCGGUCGUCGACACCUGGAAGGCCAUGAUCAAGCUCCUCGACACGGGCAAGACCAAGGCCAUCGGUGUCUCCAACUUCUCGAUCGAGGCUAUUGACGCCAUCACCAAGGCGACCGGCGUCGCCCCGGCCGUCCACCAGGUCGAGCGCCACCCGCGCCUCCUCCAGCGCGAGCUCAUCAAGCACCACAAGGCCAACAACAUCGCCCUCACCGCCUACUCUGGCUUUGGCAACAACAACAUCGGCGAGCCGCUCCUCCUCACCCACCCGACCGUCAAGAAGAUCGCCGAGCAGAAGGGCGCCGACGCCGGUCAGGUCCUCAUCGCGUGGGGCAUGCACGGCGGCCACGCCAUCAUCCCCAAGAGUGUCACCGAGUCGCGCAUCAUCUCGAACUUCAAGAUCGUCGAGCUGUCGGAGGACGACAUCGCGGCCAUCGACGCCAUCGGCGACGAGUCCAAGGGCGGCUCGUACAAGCGCUUCAACGUCCCGGUCACCUACAACCCCAAGUGGCCCAUCAACGUCUUCAACGAGAAGGAGGAGCAGGGCGAGAAGUACAGCGUCAACCUCGGCAACUAGAUCUGCCGCUCUCGCGCUCGCACUAAAGUACAUAAAAACGUCCGCAAUGCAACCCUCUGCAGUGACCCUU